AAGUGGCGCUUUGAGUUCCCUCUCACUGAGUGUGGCGGGAGAGAGAGUGAGUGUCGGUACCCGACUCACGUUAAAUAAUGGCGGAUACUCUGGAAUUCAAUGAUAUUUACCAGGAAGUGAAAGGAUCUAUGAAUGAUGGACGCCUACGUGUCUCACGUGUUGGUCUUAUGUACAAAAACAGCAAGACUGGGAAGGUGGAGAAUAUUGCAGCAGCAGACCUUGCUGAGGGAGUAUGGCGUCGUGUGGCUCUUGGAUAUGGCAUCAAAUUACUGACACGCUCAGGCCAUGUGUACAAAUACGAUGGCUUCAGGGAAAUGGAAUUUGAGAAGCUGUCUGAUUACUUCAAGACCAACUUUAACGUGGAACUAGCAGAGAAGGAUUUGUGUGUGAAAGGUUGGAAUUGGGGUAGUGUUAAGUUCGGAGGUCAGCUGCUUUCCUUUGAUGUGGGUGACCAGCCAGCUUUUGAACUUCCUCUGAGUAAUGUGUCUCAGUGUACCCCGGGCAAAAAUGAAGUUACCCUUGAAUUUCAUCAGAAUGAUGACUCUGACGUUUCACUAAUGGAGAUUCGUUUCUAUGUUCCUCCUAAUCAGGAUGAUGGAGGAGACCCUGUAGAAGCUUUUGUUCAGAAUGUUCUGUCUAAGGCUGAUGUAAUUCAAGCAACAGGAGAUGCAGUGUGUAUAUUUCGUGAAUUGCAGUGUCUUACCCCACGUGGUCGUUACGAUAUUCGAAUAUACCCCAGUUUUCUUCACUUGCAUGGAAAAACCUUUGAUUACAAAAUACCAUAUACAACUGUGCUUAGACUUUUUCUUCUUCCACACAAAGACCAGAGACAGAUGUUUUUUGUGAUUAGUCUGGAUCCACCUAUUAAGCAGGGACAGACACGGUACCACUUUCUAAUUCUGCUUUUCUCAAAAGAAGAGGAGAUCAACUUGACACUUAACAUGAGCGAAGAAGAAGUGGAAAAACGCUUUGAAGGGAAGCUGAAGAAGACCAUGUCAGGCUGUUUGUAUGAAAUGGUUAGUCGUGUUAUGAAAGCUCUAGUAAACCGCAAGAUCACAGUGCCAGGAAAUUUUCAGGGGCACUCGGGAGCUCAGUGCAUCACGUGUUCUUACAAGGCCAGCUCAGGACUGCUGUAUCCCUUGGAACGUGGCUUUAUCUACGUCCACAAACCACCAGUCCACAUCAGAUUUGAUGAAGUAAACUGUGUUAACUUUGCUCGUGGCACAACAACAACACGCUCUUUUGAUUUCGAAAUAGAGACUAAACAAGGCUCCCAGUAUACAUUUAGCAGCAUUGAAAGGGAGGAAUACGGAAAGCUGUUUGACUUUGUGAAUGCCAAGAAAUUAGUUAUCAAAAAUCGUGGCCUGAAAGAGGGUAUGAAGCAGAAUUAUGAUGAUUAUGCAGACUCUGAUGAUGAUCAGCAUGAUGCUUACCUGGAGAGAAUGAAAGAAGAAGGGAAAAUUAGGGAAAAUGCAGACAGUGAUGACUCUGGAGAUGAAACUGAUGAGUCAUUUAAUCCUGGUGAGGAAGAAGAUGAGGUUGCAGAAGAGUUUGACAGUAACCCAUCAGCCAGCUCAUCCAGUGCUGGCAGUGAUGAAGAGGAGGGUGAAAAAAAAGAGAAGCAGAAAAAGCCUGUGAAAACUAAGCCGGCAGAAAGAAAACCACGAAAGAAGUCAGAGGGUAAAAAACAGAAAGACCCAGCUGCUCCCAAGCGUCCAAUGUCGGCCUACAUGUUGUGGUUAAAUGCAAGUCGGGAGAAAAUUAAGAGUGAAAACCCAGGCAUCAGCAUAAUCGACCUAUCUAAAAAAGCUGGGGAGAUAUGGAAGACUAUGACUCGUGACAAGAAGGAGGAAUGGGACGGUAAAGCUGAGGAAGCUAAGCGAGCUUACGAAAAAGCCAUGAAAGAAUAUAAAGAGAGUGCACCCUCAGAGUCCAGCAAGAAAUCUAAAAAAUCUAAAGAAAAGCAGAAAGAUGAAAAGCCUGAAAAGAGGAAACAUAAAUCUUCAAAAGGCUCUCCUCCAGCAAAGACACCCACUAAACCCAGUUCAGAAUCCUUCAAAAGCAAAGAGUUUGUAUCCAGUGAUGAAAGUUCCUCUGAAGAAAGCACAAACAAGAAGGGAUCAGAUGAAGAGAAAGCCAGCACUCCUCCAAGCUCCAAUGAAUCUGGUUCAGAUUAAGGGUCCACAGAGGACAUGGUGUCACAAAUCAUUCUUACAAAUCAGUGUUGUGAUGUUGGGACAGCAUUGGAGUGUUUAUUAAAUAUGGGAAGAUGUGUACAUUUCUAUGUGUAAUUGAAGGUAGAACCUGCUUGUGACUUUUUUUUUUUUUCC